GGCCGCUCCCUAGCAACGCGCCCCAUCGCGGAGCGCUUUACGGCAGCUGCGGACUCUUCCACCGGGCCCUUCCACCGGGCUCUUCCCCCGUCCCCUCCCGCGGCGGGGAGGGCGGCGCCGCCAUGUCGUCGCCGGGGCGGUGCGAGGAGGUGGACCAGACGCUGUUCGUGGGGAACCUGGAGAGCCGCGUGCGGGAGGAGAUCCUCUACGAGCUCUUCCUGCAGGCUGGACCACUAAUCAAAGUGACGAUUUGUAAGGAUAAAGAAGGAAAACCUAAGUCUUUUGGAUUUGUCUGUUUUAAGCACAAAGAAUCAGUGCCUUAUGCAGUAGCUUUGCUGAAUGGAAUCCGUUUGUAUGGAAGACCAAUUAGAGUGCAGUUUCGGUUUGGGAGUUCUCACUCAGCAGAACAGAACAACCCUAAACGUGGUUUUGAGAACUAUACUGACUUACAUUCACCUUCAUAUAGAUAUCAAGAGCUGUAUGGAAGCCCUCCAAUUCCUGUUACUCCUUUUCCAGUGAACAAUAGUCCACCUUGUGAAUACUCGGGCUUUCCAAAGAUGGUGAACAGUUUAGGACAGCAGAACCCAGUACAGAGUCCAAUGGUUCAACAAUUUCCUUAUCACCAGAUGACUCCACCACAGCCUUCAAAUUUCCGCUUUUCUCCCUAUCAGAACCAAGCUGCAAACUUUAAGUCUGCACAGAGUUCUUUUGAAAUGGCCCUGCCACACUCAAGUCACUGUGGAAGGCAGCAGGUGGAUCAAAGAACCUAUAAAAGAAAAAGAGAACACCAAAGUUAUGACAGUGACACUAGCUCUGAGGGUGACAAAAUGAGAGAAAGAAAGAAUGGCGAAAAAUACAGGAAGUGCAAAGCCAAGAGAAAGAGGCACUAAUACUGUGUAACUGGGUUAGUCUUUAUGUUAUUUGCUGCUUUUAUUUGAGGGGAAUGCAAUAUUUCAUCUUUGCACUUUAUUAAAAAAAUGAAUGUUCAA